CUAACAUUUACCGUUGAGGAGAACAGGUGAACGCUAAUUGACUGAGCACGCUAUGUGAACCACAGUUUUCGUAAGAAGCAGCAUUCUGCAGGUGCACGAAAUAUGCCGACGAACAACAACCAGAAGGUCCCCAGUGCAGCUGCCAGACUGGCCAAGCUGCCCAUGGUUCGCUCCGCUUGUGCCAAGCUGUCAGUCUUGUACAUUGACACUAAAUGCAGCCACCCCAGCCUGAGGUCUGUGUGUGAGGUGCUGGAGAACAGUGUGACAGCUUUAGGCACAGUGGCAUCGGAUAGGAUGUCACCUGUCAUUGUUAAACUGGAGCCUCAAAUUUCCAUUGCAAAUGAUGUUGCAUGUAAAAGUCUUGACUGGUUUGAGACUACAUUCCCAGUGCUUCACACACCCACAGAGCAGAUUGUUGUUGGUGCCAAGAACAAGAUGCUUGAGAUCCGAGAUGUGGUGAACAUUGUAGCUAAUGGAACUAUGGAGUGUGUACAGCACACUGUCGCCUGGGUUAUCGAGAGGAUGCAGCAGGUUGAUGAGCAGGCUAACCAUGCAGUAGUGGAGCGAGCCAUCAGUGUGGUCAGUGUGGGACUGGACACCGCUCUGAACAUAUCUGAGGCUCUGAUGGACCGAGUGCUUCCUCCUACAGAGGAAGAAAAAGAGGAAGAAGCCCGCUUGGAGGGUUUUGAGGCAGCUACACUCAGGAGAAGUUACCCAGUGCGACUGGUGACAUUCACUGCCAAGCUGUGCAGAAGAACCUAUCACAAGGCUGGAGCCAAGAUGCAGUCUGUUGAGGUGUGCUGUCAGUACAGUUUCACAAGAGAUAGAGUGGUCAUGGAGACUUUGUCCAGGUCUUCAGGUCUUCUUCAGGACCUUCAAACCAGCUGGCUGGCCUUGGCCUGGAGCCUCCAGGGACUCCCCCAGUACCUCCAGCAUCAGGUGUUCUUCUUUAUCUCCCAGAUGUACAACUUAGGCUGCCAUUCAUCACAACAAAACCACUCCAGUGAAGACAGGAGUUGCCUCAAGGCUGCAGAGGCCUCCUCGGUUCACAAGGACGUCGUUAAAAUCCCCCCACAGGUUCCACCUAACUACCGGAUGAGAAGGCCCACAAAGAUGUCUGUGUUUGAAAAUGGAUGUAACAUUAAAGGAUGUCUGAAUCGUUGAUGUAGGCUGCUGUAAUUAUUUGAUAUACAUGUCUGUGUGCUAAAUUAACACAGCUAUCAGAAAAGUUUACAAACUCAAUAUUGUUUUGUACAAUAAAGUUUUUUUGAAGAUUCAUGAA